AAACAGCUGCAAGCCUGCAACGCUCCCGGACCCGGACCCCCCGCCCGGAUCCAUCCUUCCUCCCCACCCAUUGACCCAAUCAAUCCUUCUCUCCCCCGACUCCGGCCGGACUCCACGCCGCCCCACGAUGGCCCGCCGCCCCCGCAAGCGCCGGCGCCGUAACGCUGCGGCCGGGGUGGGUCCCGACUGCUUUUCCAACCUCAACGAGGACCUCCUCCGCUACAUCCUCUCCCGCCUGUCCACCCGCUCCGCCGCCACGCUUGCCGCCGUGUCCCGCCACUUCCGCAAGGAGAUCCCCCGGCUCCUCGAGCGCGUCGACUCGCUCACCCUCAACGAGCCCGACAUCCCGGCCAACGGGCCCCACAUCCAGAUCCUGCGGGCCACCCCGCCGAUCCUCCUCCGCCGCCUCGCCCUCGCCCCGCACCGCGCCAUCCCGCCCUCGGCCUUCCGCCGGGUCCUCAACGACGUCGCCCAGCACGGCGUCUCCGAGCUCUCCUUCCGCCUCGCGCGCCGCGCGCGGGUGCCCAAGAACGUGCUCUCCCUGAAAUCCCUCUCCGUGCUCUCCCUCGAUACCUGCGCCGUGCCCCCGUGGUCCGACGUCGCGUGCCCCUGCCUCCGCACGCUCAGGCUCCACCGCGUAGCCAUCCACCAGGAGGUCAUCAACAAAAUUCUCGCCUCCGCGUCAUGCCUGGACACGCUCGAGAUGGUGUACUGCACGGGGCUCGGUACGGGCAAGGCCGGCAGCUGCACGGUGGAGUCGUCCUCCGUCAGGAACCUCGUGUUCAGGCCGACGCUGAAGCUAGAGCAGAUCACAAUUAGAGCGCCAGCGCUGAGGACGGUGACGCUGUACACGCGGGGUAAGGUGAAGAGACUGGAGCUGGUGCCUGCGCCGGAUGUCAGGAAGGCUUACCUUCACAUCGCCAAACCACGGACAGUAAUGGAGUCAUUCAGGGUUCGGCCGUUCCUGGAUGCUGGUGUGAGGCUGGAGUGCCUCACGCUUAGAGGCCACGCUAUCAAGGUGUUAUCAUCUGAAUAUGAAGAUAUUCCGAAGUUGACUGUCAUGUUUCAAGACUUGAGGAUACUAUCAGUGAGCUUAGAUCUCUCAAGUGUACAAGAAACUGGUUUCAUGCUGAAGCUGCUUGAGAGUUGCCCUAACCUACAGAAAUUUAGUCUUUCGGCUGCUAAAACAUACAAGGCUUUGCCCUCUUCCACCAAUCUCAAGGAGAGGCUGGCGAGUAUAUCUUGUCUGACUAGCUUGGUGCAGUUCAAGUUUUGUGGGUUCAAGCCUCAAGAAUUUCAGAAUGAACUGAUGGUUUUUCUACUAACCCGAGGGAAGAAGCUCAAGAAGGUCGGGGUGGAGUUCGAUAAGAGCCAAGUAGAUGCUGUGAAGAUGAUUCUUUCAGUUAGGAGAGCACACAUUGAGAGGAUAUCUACCAAGUACGCUAGUCACCACAUGGAGAUGGAGUUUUUCUGAUCUAGUUCGUGUAUAGAUAGGUUUUGCGCCUUUGCUAGGCAUCAAACAUGUGAACGUUGCAUUCCUUGUUACAGAAUAAUGGCAUGGGUGUUGGAUAAAAAAUAUAUGCUUUAUUGCUUCC